CGACGAGAACACGUUCAUCAAUUCUCCGGGCGUACGGUAUAACCUUUAUCUUCUUGCGUAUACAUCGUCUGGUAGACUUUGUUUAAAAAAUAUUUUAUUAUUCUUACUAUAAAGUAUAAUUAAUUAAAGAACAAUCAUGGUUGAUGCUAUGAAAGCCCAGCUUGCUGAAAAAUUGAAGGGAAUUGAAAGGUACAAUCCAGAAAACCUGCCCUUCUUGACUGAGUAUGUGGAACUUCAAGUUAAAGAGAAUGCCUACGAUCUGGAUGCUAACUUAGCUGUAUUGAAGCUAUUCCAGUUCAACCCAACUCAGUUCGACAAAGACAUCACUUGCAUGAUUCUUUUGAAAGCCUUGACCAACCUGCCACACACAGAUUUUGUUUUGUGCAAGUGUCUGCUGAACGAGAGAAUCAUGAAAGACGAAGAUAUCGCUUGCAUAAUUCAAUUAUCAAAUAUGCUCGAAGAAUGUGAAUUCCAGAGAGCUUGGGAUCAAAUUGAAAGAAUGUCUGGAUUAAUUCACAAAAUCACUGGCUUCCAUGAUUCAAUCAGGAAGUUUGUAUGCCAUGUUGUUGGUAUUACAUUCCAAACCAUUCACAAAUCAUUGUUAAUUGAACUGUUAGGUGGCAAACUUGAAGUCAAUGAUGCAGUAUUGAAGCAAUGGAUCAAAAAGUAUGGCUGGAAGGAACAAGGAGAAGGAAUUAUUUUCAUUGCCAAUCAAGAUGAAAACAUUAAAACCAAAAAUAUUACGGAGAAAAUUGAUUUUGAUAAUGUAGCUAAUUUGAUGGCUGCAUGCUUGUAAUUUUAUUAUGUUUAUUUACACUUAAUAACAAAAGUUUGAUAAAUAUCA